AGCGCUGCUGGUGAGGUUAGUACAGAUUCCGCGUGAGAGCGCUCCGAGUUGUGGAGAAGGACAGACGGACGGACAAACGGACAAACGGCUGCUGGACAUUAGCCACUGUUAAAUUUCAGUAUUGUCUCGGACCGUAACAACAAGAAGAUGCCACUGGGUGACGAUUGCCAUGCCUGGAAAAAGAAGACCACAGAUGUGAAGGAUCAGUAUGACUUCAAAGAGAUCCUGGGAACAGGAGCUUUCUCCGAGGUGGUCCUGGCUGAGGAGAAGAGGACCCAAAAGUUGGUGGCAAUCAAGUGCAUCCCCAAGAAGGCUUUGGAGGGAAAAGAAAACAGCAUCGAGAAUGAGAUCGCAGUCCUGCACAAGAUCAAACACGCCAACAUUGUUUCUCUGGAGGAGAUAUUCGAAAGCAAAUCACACCUCUACCUCGUCAUGCAGCUGGUGUCUGGAGGGGAACUCUUCGAUCGUAUCAUAGAGAAGGGCUUCUACACGGAGAAAGAUGCCAGUAAGCUCAUUCAGCAGAUUCUGGAUGCCGUCAAAUACCUCCACGACAUGGGCAUUGUGCACCGUGACCUCAAGCCAGAGAAUCUGCUGUACGACAGCAUGGAUGAGGACUCCAAGAUCAUGAUCAGUGACUUCGGUCUGUCUAAAAUCGAGGGCUCUGGCAGUGUGAUGUCGACAGCGUGUGGAACACCUGGAUAUGUUGCCCCUGAAGUGUUGGCUCAGAAGCCCUACAGUAAAGCAGUUGACUGCUGGUCCAUCGGUGUCAUAUCCUAUAUUCUGUUGUGCGGCUACCCUCCGUUCUACGAUGAGAACGACGCCAAACUGUUCGAACAGAUCCUGAAGGCAGAAUAUGAAUUUGAUUCCCCUUACUGGGACGAUAUCUCUGAUUCAGCUAAAGACUUUAUCGUCCACCUGAUGGAGAAAGACUCCAACACGCGUUACACCUGUGAUCAGGCUCUGCAGCACCCCUGGAUUGCUGGGGACACUGCUCUGGACAAGAACAUCCACGAGUCUGUUAGUGCACAGAUCAAGAAGAACUUCGCUAAGAGCAAGUGGAAGCAAGCAUUCAAUGCCACAGCAGUGGUCCGGCACAUGAGGCGUCUCCAGCUGGGCACCAGUAACGAGGGACCCAACCCCACCCUGCCAGAGGAUUGUUGUGAGGGAGGGUGCCCCCAUGACGCUGAUGGCGAUGCUGACGCUCUGUCUACAUGCACCUACCGCUGCCACCCGACCAGCAGGGUUUGAUCCCAGCGGCCGCUCCACUUACUUGCCCAAUAAAUCCCAGUGACUUUCCAAUUUUAACCCCCAUUGGUGGAACCGGAGGCACCAUCUCCCCCUUGUCUGGUUGGGAAUACAGCGUCGUUCCAACCUCUUGCCUGCAGGGGGAGCACGCCUGUCCAGCCUGAGAAUGAAGACCUAAAAUAGGAUGAAAGGAGGAGUAAGGAGAGGUGAUGAUGAUGCACAGGAGGAUUACUUUUUAAGACGGUGCUGUUAGUUUGGGAUCAGUUUAAAAGGGGGAGAGGGUACAAAGAAAGGAGGGGAAAAUAACCUCCUCAACCAGCAUGUCAGGGGGGAUUGUUUUUGCUGAGGCAGGACAGAGCUUGUUGGACACUGUUUACUCAUGCUUUUCUGUUCAACCUGUCUCUUUGUUUGUUUUAUUGUUUUAUAUGUUUUUGUGUUGAUGUCUUUUUAACCUCCUACUGUGGAGUGUAAAUCCAGAGACGAUAUCUGCAUGAUCAGGAGAGAGUUUUCCCCAUGCAUGUUUUAGAAAUAUACCCGCUUGCAAAAAUGCAGUACGAUGCAAAUUUGUUUAUGGUGGAAAGGAUUUUUUCAUAUGUUCCCAUAUUUAAAAUGAAUUUCACAGGAGUAAAUUGUAUGUCUUUAAGUGAUGCUUUUAGACAAUCACUAACAGAAUAGUUCAUAUGCAAUGAACACUCCAUUUAUCUACUAUUACACCUUUCCUGUGGUGAUAUAGUGUUUCCAUGCAGCGGUAAGGCUUCUUGAGAGUAAAGGGCUUCUCCCAUCUCUGUUCUCAAUCCCAAACCUUUCUAACAACUCAAGCACAGGGAUAUAUCUUUGUCUAAGGUGCCUUUAGGAUAUACAGUAUGAUGAGUUUAUUUUUGGGUAGCUUCUGAAAUGUGUUGUCUGUUCCUUGAAGCACAGGCUCUUUAAGUAAUAUUUUCUAUGUAUCACAUUGUAAGCUUAUAAAUGCAGUUCUAUGCUUUUUGCUGUGUUGUAAAGUACUGUAAGAUGAGAUGAAAAUAAAAUAUGUGCACUGACUAAAUGAAAAUAACAUCAACAAUACUAUAUAAAAAAAUAAUAGUGUUUAAAAUCCUUAAAUUCAUGUUUUUCAGGAAUAUUAUUUUUGCCAGCCCAGUCACAUGACACAUUCAAGAACUAUGUGUGUUCAUUUGGAUAUAAAUCCUAAAAUAUAGUUUUUGCAAGCCUGAAAAAGCAUUUUUAAUGAUUGGGUCAACCAGACAAGGCAAAGGCAGAUUGUGUGAAUGCAAAAAACUAAAUUUAAUAUGCAUCCGUCGCCAUGUACUGUAAUCAUUUCGUCAUUCCUAUCCUUUACUUCUUUCAUUCUUUCACGGGCACGAUUCCUCCACAUGCAGUCUGUUAAGAGAGGAAACCUGGAUUAAAGAAUGUGAAUAUGCAUCA